AGAAAUCUGUAGAAACUGUUCUCAUAUUGGGUAACGACUGGUAAGAGAAUAGCCGUGCCUAUCAUGAAGCCCCGAGACAGAACUCUGCACAGAUGCCCAAGUUUGGUAUCAGUGGCGGCUAACCAUUCCCAAACGAACAUGAGGCUGCGUGUGUCAGCCAUAUUGAAAGCACAGAGUACUAGAGGAAUAUGAUGAGCGUCUCCCGUUAAUGUGUAUCAUGAAUAAGGAAACAACGAGCGAAUAGGAGCAACCAGCCUCGAAUGAAUAAGACAGCCGUUACCCAAUAUGAGCAGCUUCUACAGAGGACCGAUCUGGGGAGCCUGCUUCGACGGUAUUAACGAGCGCUGCUGCAUGGCAGCCCAAAGCCUAGGGCAGUCUCUGCUGUUGUGCCACAGGAGGGCUCUUAAACAACCUAGGGCGGUGCACGCGUUAUAUGCUCUUGCUAAUGAAUUUAGUUCACAUAGUUCGCCUAACUUUUGUUCUCCACUAUUGCUUUUUUUCCGUCAUCCUAUUUCCUCAAUUACGCAGAUGUACUCAGCAUCAUGUCACUCUUUCGAACUCUUCGGAGACCAGGUCUGUCUCAAGUCAAACUCCCGAUCGUUAAAAGAAUCACCACUAUCCCAACUAGCCGAGCUACUUCCAGCCACUGCUUGUAGUCUUGUCACCACCUGCUACAUCGACCAGGUAGAAUCAUCGCGAGACGAUCUCGCUACAAAUACCGAUGGUAACGCCGAGUUUCUAUUUCAUAUAAUACGAUUCUAUUUCCCGAGACACGUGUCUCCAGGACUGGCGCUCGGCUCCUGCCUUGUGCUAGGAUGCUGUCUUUCCUCGUAUGUUCACCGGCGUCGAGAUCGAGACCGGUAUCAGGUUAUCGUCUUCGUAGUAUGGCUUGUCUGGGCUAUCUGUAUCGGAUGGGGGAUAGGAGCUAGCGCUAAUAGAAUUACGCUGGGGAUAGUGCCAUGGGCAUGCUGCGCAGCCAUGAUCGGUAGUUUCUUCGGGCACGCAGGGGCCCGCUGGAUCUCAGAGAGAGAAAGAUGUGAGCACGAGACCAUAUUUGCUUCAGUUCAUGAGAAGGAAAUUCACCUCGGGCGGUGAUUACCGGAGCCUUUCUUUACCGAACAGCACCCCACCAGUUCUACACGAUUUCAUGAUUCUAUGACGGCUGGUUAUUAUUUUUUUAUCCUCUUUUUUUUCACUCUCCGCCAUAUUAAACACAGUGUGUCUCAACCCUCGUUAGCGGCAGGCUCGCAGAUAAUUGCCAUAUACCACUCAGGAAACAUAGAAAGUGAUAUUCUUGCAUAGGGCAAGGGGAACGGAUGGUUACUACGUGGGGAUGAAUAAAAUGGUGUUUGCCGGGUCAUAUUAUGCGACUCGUGGGUUUGAGGUAGGUCGGUAAUAGGUUCGAGUCGGACACUAGCUAAUUUAGAGAUACUGGGGAGCUUUGGAGUGUGUUAUGGUAUACUGGCAUUACUGGGAUAUCUGUUAGGUACCUACUACUAUAACUAGCCAUUUAGUAACGGAAAAGUUUGAAUCAAUUUGUGUUUACCUCUUUAUAAUAUUCUUGUAUUUGACCGUUUCC